AUGGCGACCAUUUGUCCCGAUUGCGGAUCCAAAAAUAUUGACAAACAAGAUGCUUCGGGUCAAUUGGUGUGCACCGACUGCGGUACCUUGCUCGAAGAGAAUGCUUUGUGCAGUGCGUUGGAGUUUGUGGAAGGCGCGGGUGGAGCCUCCAGCAUGGUGGGUCAAUUUGUGUCCAAUUCGUCGUCCAAAGCCUACACGGCAGGACGCAACGUGUACGCUAUUUCCCGAGACAGUCGGGAGACGACUCUGGCGCGAGGUCGUCAAAAGAUUCAAGAUGUGGCGUCUCGAUUGCGAUUGGGAAAUCAUUUCAUUGAUGCGGCGCAUCGAUACUUUACCAUUGCUGUUGAAAAGGCCUUUGUACAAGGACGACAGACACUCCAUGUGGUGGCUUCGUGUCUAUACAUUGCCUGUCGGCAAGAAAAAUCCCAGCACAUGUUGAUUGAUUUUAGUGAUGCUCUGCAAGUGAAUGUAUAUACAUUGGGCACUUGUUUCUUGAAGUUUCGACGGUUGUUGGGCCUCAAGAUUCCCAUUCUGGAUCCGGCACUUUAUGUGUACCGUUUUGCGGCCCAUUUGGAUUUGGACGACAAGGCCAAUGCGGUGGCACUGACGGCACUCCGACUUGUGGGACGAAUGAAGCGCGAUUGGAUUGUGGUGGGCCGAAGACCUGCAGGUAUUUGUGCUGCCGCAUUGCUCAUUGCGGCCCGAGCUCACGGAUUCUCGAGACACUACCAAGAUGUGACACACAUUUUAAAGGUCUGUGGUUUGACGGUGAAUACUCGCGUCAAGGAGUUUGAAUUGACACCCUCGGCUGGAUUGACACUGGACCAAUUCAACAAGGUGGAAUUAUCCACGGAAGCGGAUCCUCCUGUUUACACUCGCAACAAGAUGCGAGAGGCAAGAGCCAAGGCGAUUCAUGAAAAUAAUGUCAAACUACUGGAAAGUGGUGCCUUGGAUGAUAAACUCAAGGGGAAACGAGCAUCCAAGUGGCGAGAGGUUCUGCCACAAGGAAAGAAAUUUCAAGAAAAGCAAGAGGAAUUUGAAAAACUCUAUCAUUCCAUUGAACAGGUCAUGGUGGAACAAGGUCAACAGGAGAAACCAAAAGAAACUUUUGAAUUUGACACUGAAGAUGAUGAUGACGACGACGACGAUGAUGAUGAUGAGGAAGAAGGAGAAGGAGAGAACGACAAGGAGGGUGCGGCAAAGGAAGUUGGUGAAUCAGAAAAUGAUGGCGAGCAACAAGAUGAUGCGCAAAAAGAAUUGGCCGAUGGGGAAGACGGUCCAGCACCCCAGAACGAGCUUGCCGCUUCGGAAGGCGACAAUGCGGCUGCUUCAAGUAUUGUUGCCAAACUGCCACCAAGUGACGGAGAGAAAGGGGAUGGCGAUGACAAUGAGAAAGACGACCCGAUGCUCAAAAAGCCACCUGCCAAGACCGACGAAUCAUCUUCUACGGCACUGGUGCCAGCAAUCGCCGCGCCCAAAGUCCAACAGCAACUAGCCAAAGUUGCACCGCAAUGGCGCCAAGCGUAUCCCAAGGAUAAGUACGGAAAUGCCAUGAUGUUACCCAAUUAUGCCACUGCCGAAGAAUUGCAACCUUCCACUUGUUUUGUCGAAGGCAACCUUGAUACUGUGACCUGGAGAGAAUCCAUGCCCCAAGACAUGGUGGAAGAUGUGGAAUCCAUCUUUCGGAAUCCUCGAGAAAUUGCCGAAAAGGAAGCCAUUUUCAACAAGAUCAACAAGGAUUACAUUAAUUUGCAAAAUCAAAAGCGCAAACACAAGGUUACCCAAAACCAAAAAGACAACCAAAGCGACAAAGAUAUGGAAGAACAAGAACAGAAGGCCCGCAAGUACAUGACUCGAAAACGCCGCCGAGCCUUGCACGGAGAAGAGACUACCGAAGAUGCCUUGCUCGAGGCGGUGGCCAAUCGCAAGAUUUCCCGCAAGAUUAACUACGAUGCCAUGAGUGCCAUUUUUGACGACGAUGGUACCUUUGAUGUGGGUGGUGGUAAUGCUACUACCAAUGCUAAUGAGCUCGAAGCAGGCCACAAUGAGGCCGUAAUGGCAAUGAUUUGA